ACGUCUCCAAGUUUUCCCCACUUCUUUUUAGAGCUAGAUUCUUUGUUUCAUUCAAGUUUAACACACGACUUUGUAGGGACUCUCUGCUGACCAUAAUACCCCAAUUUCAAUUUGAACACAACUUUGACCCUCUUUUCCUUCCUUAUCUGCCGUGCGGUGCAUUUCUGAAAGCAAAAGCUGGCCUAAUUUUACAUCUAAUACUUGAAGAAAUACCAAUCCAUUAUUUGAUCUUUUCUUCUUUCUCUUUUUAGAAGGAUUUUAUUUAUUUUUAAAAAAAAGUGAAAGAAAAAGAAAUCCAGAGUCUCACGACUAGUGGAGGAGCAUUAUUUUAUACCUCAAAUUACUUGAAAAAUCUGCACCAACUCCAAAGUUCUUCAUACAAGUUCCUACUUUAACUACUCCUUAACCCAUCCGCUAAUUUCUUUCUUACUCUAUAUAAAAUAAAAUAUUGCGACGCCAUUCUUUUCAAUUAUAGUCAACUUUCUUGAGUAUAUUUUACACCAGUCAAUCAGUAUUCCUCUUUAAAUUUCUUCUAAAUUCUAUUUAACCAACAAUUAUACCAUGUCAAGUAUGUUGGGUUCACAAGGCUUGGUCUUGGCGACUGCCAUGGCGGUCUCUGCCGGCACCGUGAUUUUACUCGAUCUUUUCAGGGUCAAGUACUUUCCGGCGAUCCAUGUUUCUGAUCGACAAAACUACCCACCUGAUCAAAAGCAGAUUCUCAAGUCUUGUUUAUCUUCAGCUGGGAAGAACAAGGACAGAGCAAGGAAGAAAAAGAAGAGAGUUCAUUUUGCAGCUGGUGUGAAAAGUUCGAGCCGCAGUGGCGAGGAAUAUAGAAGAAAACAAAUGAGGAAAUUUACAGAAACUCGAAUUAAAUCUUGCGGGAAUGAGAUUGUGGGGAUGCCAGGAAAUAGGUUGGCUUUGUACACUGGGAUUCUUAAGGAUCGGGUUCAAAGAAUGGAAUUCUCCUAUUGAUCAAUUUGUAUUUUCGUUUACGUUAAUUCCUCUUCCUCUUCUUGCAAUGCAAAAACAGAGGAAUUAGGGCAAAGAAAUUUUAAAUUAGAUGUAAUUUGUAGAUAAUGGUGUGUUAACAUAUUUCCAGUAAGUGUUUUCUGUACAUGAAAUUAGGAAUUCCUUUGUUAGUAUAUUUUUCUGGAAUCUUCAGUUAAUGGUUAGUAGUUUAUUUUCCUGGAA